UGUUCGCGGCCAUUUCAAAGCUUGAUCAAAGAGACUCACUGGCUAUUUUUUUUGUCAUCAUAGCCGGGGACAUAGCUCUCGAAAUCCUCUUCGAAUGAAUGAAAUUUCGCGUAGCCGGAUUUGCCAAAUAAAAUUGACAAUUUGAUUGAUCGACGAUGAUCUAAAACCUGAGAAGUUAAAAUGGAUGGUGCAAAAUUGCUGAAAUCUUUGAAAGAUGGCCCCAAUGACACCCUUGUUUCAGAUGUCAAGAUAUAUCUGGAUCCACUACACAAGCUGCACAAGAACAAGUGUAAGACCAGUGAUGACCUGACAAAGAAACGUGGAGGAUUUGCUAUGAAGAUACUUCGUGGUUGUGUCGAGUCAAUUACAUCCCUGUCGCUUGGUUCACAACACCUGUCUUCUGUCUUGAAUGUGGCACGUGCCUGCUAUGAGGGGAUCUGUGCUGCUAGAUCACACAUGGAGAUAAUACCACUUUCCUUGGAAAAAGUCCUGUUCCACAUUGUGCUACAGCUGGUCAACAAGACAUUGCUAAUGGAUGCUCUGUCUUUUGCAGAGUAUCUUUACAGCGAGCUCAUUACUUCUCGUCCACUAUUUGAGACUGUUGAUGGCAUGGAUAAUGAGUAUGACACUAUUGCUAAACAGGCUUUCAACCAGCUUUGGAAGGCAUGUGCUCAGAUUGAGAAGUCAACAAAGAAUUGCUCUAGGCACAUUUUGGUGUUGAAUGCACGACGCCAAGCACUUGCUUUCGUGAUGCUGACUGAUCAAGACUCUGCAUGGAUUGCAAAUGCUGCUUUGAGAGCUGGAGUAGAGAUGGAGCGAUAUUCCAGCAAAGAUACAUCAAGCUCAGAACACCUAUGUCACUUUUUUACUGAAAUUGCCAAUGGACUCUUAACACCUUUAGAGAGAAAAUUGAAAUCUCAACAGUUAAAAGAUGUGGCAAAGGCACUUGGUCCUGUACUUGAUGUUUGUUUGCAGCAAUCAAAGUAUUGUACUCGCUCAGACAAAUCUGAAUCUGUUCUUCAAAUACUGAUGAGAAUUCAAGCCUGUACAGAAUGUAAAAAGCAGCAGUCACUUACAAUAGCUUCUGCGAGAGUGGUAUGUGCAAUCUGUGAUGUGAUGAGGAUAUCCCUUUCCCUUGCGAAACUGAAUACUGGAAAUAAAGACAAAUCAAAAUGUAUGAAAUCAAAGGAAUCGAAAAUUGGAAGUGGGGAUGUGUGGGAAGAGUUGAAGCAUUCCAGUGAUGUCAUCGCCAAGAGCAUUGAAACUUCUGAUGUGGCAUCACCCCUCUACCAACCUCUCGUUGAUUCAUUUGCUUUCUUAAGGAAGCAAGUAGAAGUUGUGAUCAACAAAGAAAAGAGUCACCCUCCAUCUGACUUGCAUAGCUCUGCUUACCAGGCACUUUCUGUCAGUCUAGAGAUCUUAGAAAUCUACAAAGGGUACAUCCUAUCUUCCGCCCAGAGUCCAACAGAUGUUUACAGGGGAUUGUCUGUAUCCGCUUUUACCACCCGGCUGGUCAACAAGCAGUUGAGCACCUUAAACUUCAUGGCUACCCUUACCAUCCAAGAACUCAAUAACCUUUCAUCAGGAACUCAAGGCGAAAUUGUUAAGCAACAGUUUGGAAGCAGAGCAAUUACUAUAUGCAAGAGAACCAAAGCAGUUAUGGAGGAUGUCUCUAAAGGUGAAGGUGGAGUCAUAUCUGUGAAUGAGUACCGUUGCCUUGGUAGCAAUGCAUACAAUCUGGGAUUUUUAUGCUACAAGCAAGCAUGGUAUGGGUUUGCAAGUAGCCUUGUCAGACUUUCAUGUGAGCAGCUUCAGCGCUGGUGUAGUACUGAACUAGGACCUGAUGAACAUAAAGUUCAAGAGAUCCAACUUGCAAGAAAAUAUGAGUUACUCGUAGACUGUCAGCGGAGAGCUGGACUUCACCGUGAUGCCAUGACAACUGCUGCUCUCAGCUUAUUGGUUAUUCCUGGUCUUAAGUUUGAUGAUGUUAGAAGCAGGGCAGAGCAAUGGGUCAAGGCAAAGAGGGAUGCAUUGAAGAUUAAUGAUGAUCCAGAUCUUAGAAACAGAACACUUCUUGAUGCUUGUGAAGAAAUGGAGGAAGAACUUGCCCCAGAACAGUUAUCAGUAGUUUCUGUUGCUCUUCAUGAAGAGUUUAACGUCUACAGAGCUCAGAGACAUGAUACCUCUGUUGAGCAAUAUGCAGCAAUUCAGGAUCUCAUCAGGAUGUAUUCUAGUGAAGGUCAUGAGACGGAAAAAGCUUCUGUUCUUAUACAGCUUACACAAUUGCUCUAUUCAUCUGGUCUGGAAAGUGAAAGUUCCCCAAGGGACAUCUGUAUCCAGGCAAUUGAUCUGCUGGAAGGAAUCAAACAGAUGAACCUUGGUGUACACUCAGACCUCAUGGCUCAAGCUAAAUUCUGGCUUUACCUCUGCCAACUGGAGAGUACAAUACAGAAUUCCAAUAACAGCUGCUCAUCACCCAAUGAGGUUGAAAUGGACUCCAGCCAGGAAUCAUCCAUAGACACAUCCAAGGAUGAAGAGACACCACCACCUUGUACCCUGAUACAGGAAUCAUCUCAGAUGGCUCCCUUAAUCAGCUCCCUGGAGAUCUGGGACAGCUUGCUUCAGGUGGAGCCAUUUGAUUCAAGCUGUUUCCAGGAUCCACAAUCCACCAUGCAAUGUUUACAGCUGGCUGCAGACAUCAUGGCUGCAUCUAGCAAGACGGUUGAAGAAAUAUGGGUCCUGAGCAUGCUUAGUAAGUUAGCCAUCUCUACGUCCUCAUCGCUCGAAUCAUUAGAGGCCGACCUUCAUCUCUCAAGACUCCUAGCACAUGUUGGUCUCUACGAGCAAGCUAUUAUCACCAUUGAUAGAGCAGAGAAGUUUCUGCAUGAUCUCUCAGAUGUCAAAAGAUCAACACUGGUGACCAAAGUCCUUCUAAUGAAGUGCUAUGUUCUACUGUAUUCAGGCCAGAUUGAUCAGUUUGAAGAAAGCUUCUCCAAAUAUCUUGACGAUCUGUCGAAGGCAACUGGACACCGUAAUUGUCAUUCUUACCUCACCUCGGCUUUGGCCAAGGAAUUGCACUCCUUUUACCUCUCUCUGCCCACCUCAAGAAGAAACCCCAAGCUCAAACAGCUUUCUCAGGAUGAGUAUGGAGAUGAAAUUGUUUCCCUUGAUCUGCAAGCUGAGGCAAUGAGAAUAAGAAUGGGUGUGGCAAAGAUUGUCUUAGGAAUAGGGAUGGGUGACAAUGGAGUUCAGUCUGACAAUGAUAGAUCUUCUAUUUCAUCAUCACCUUCAGAUGGAGGUCAGCUGUCACAGAGAUGGCGUGUGUUAGCAACAGUGCUUGAUUCACUUUCUGAAGUUGCUGAUAGCUUUGUUUUGCAAGGAUGUGUCAGGGAGGCCGAAUGUUACAUCACAGAGGGAAUGUCCCUAGCUCAGAAAUUCCAACUUCCAAGGAGGUAUGGUAGAUUGUUGCAGCAGCUAAUAGAAGUCCAGAUUAAAUGGGGCCAGGAAGAUGAAUGCAAAGCCAAUCUGACCAAACUAAAUGCAGUUGUUACAAUGGAUAUUCAGCGGUCACAGCCCAAACCGGCAGAUGCAAAGACAAAGAAAAGUGUAAAGGGAGGAAGAAUGAAAAAGAAAACCAAGACCCCAAAAGCUGUAGCAAACACAGAAGAAAGCGAUGAAGAGGAUUUCAUCAGGAGUCGUCCAUUGUCAUUUUCAAGUUCACUUGCUGGUAGAAUCAGUAUGGACAUGAGCAGCUCGCCAAGCUUGAAACCUGCUCCUGUUUUCUCCUCCAAGUCACCUGCUCAUGUUGAUCAUCCGAAAGGAUGCAGCUGUAUGCAAUGUAUGGAUCUCUCCUUCCAUGACCUUGAAACUGGCUACUUUCUUGGCCUUGCUGGCUAUUAUGCUCUUACAUGCAAUAAUGAAGCAACAAAAGCUAGUCUUGUUACUGCUGAAGAAUUGCUGGAAAGGUCAAAUGAGUGUUUUCAUGAAGUCUUCAGGCAGAAAUUGCCUAUGCUCGACAUACAAUCCUCUUUCACAUGGACAUGUCACCAUAUAGCCCUUUGCAAAGUUGUAGCAAUACAGGCCCAGGUAGAAUUGGAAAUGGGUCAUUAUGACAAAGUACUGUCUUCUGCUCACAGAGGACUUGCAUUGUGCGAAUUACAUAGUACACCCAAAGCAGUUGAUCUAGUUGUGCAAGCAUCAUUUCACUACUUUAUGGCCAUUGGAGGAAUCCACAUGAAUGCUUUGAACAUUGGAAACAGUGUAUUUGAUCCUUCAUGGUCUGUGUUCAGAGACAAGAACAUAGACUCAGCAAGUGAUGAAGUCAGUGGUGUAGCCCAUCAGCUCAGUCAACUUAGUAUGUCCAGCACUUUAAAGCAAGGGUCCUCUAUGAUGGACAGUGAUCAUUCCGGUCUGUUUCAGAGUAUGCUUGAUACAUCCACUACUAGACCAGAGAUGAUGCGAAAAAGAGAUUCCAGGGGCCUAGAUCAAGGUAGAGUACUUUCAGAAGAAUUAGGACUCUUUGGUGAUGUGGUCCUUGAUGAGACUGAUGGUGUUACAGCCUCUGUUGAAAGCAAACCUAAAGCCAGUGAUAAAAGAGCAAAGAGCACCAUCCAAGUCUCAACAAAGAAAGGUGCUGUGAAAUACAAGGUAGCCAUGAAGCCAAGUAAAUCCUCAAAGACUGUCGAAAGUGCUGAUAUAACUACAUCUUCUGAUAUAGCAGAUGGUGUGUUCAGCUUUGAUGAAGAAACUGUAUCCACUACAAAGAAGCCAACAAGGGGUAGAAGUAAGAAGGGUUCUAAGCAGGCAAUCAUGAAACCCAGAGAAACAGUAGACAUAGCCUCUGAUGACAAUUCUGUGAGCUCAGGAAAAGUAACCAAGAAGGCUAGAGGGAGAGGACGGGGAGCAGGCAAGAAAGACAAUUCUGCAGACAAGGCCUCUGAUGCUGAUUAUACUACAGAAAUCUUACAGUUGAUAGAUAAUGUAAUCGUAGAGUUCUCGGAUACAGAGAAAGACAAACCAAUCAAUGCAAAAUCAAAAAGUGGACGAGGGAGAAAGGCAAAAGAAACCAGCAAAGACACAGUUGUUAGUGUAACUAAGCCAAAACAAAGAAGAGGAAGAGUAAAGAAGGGAGAUUCUGGCGAUAUUGAGAACACAAGAGGAGACCCAGAUCCUGUUUAUCCAGCCACAGGACCACCAGAGCUUCUCAAACAGUUUGAUGAUAGUGUGAAUGAAAGUAUUACAAUAGAUUCCCUUUCACAUUCCCUUUCUUCAUCAGAAGAAGAAUCUCCAUCAAGAUUAGAUUUGUCAUUGGAAGAAAUCAGUACUAGUGAACAUCAGCCAGAGGUAUCCAUCUCAGAUUCAGCAAUGCAGAAAAAGCUAAAAUCCAAUAAAAGUGUUCACCCUCGAUCUUCUUCAAAGGGAUCAGAAUCGAGUGUUGAAUGUACUGUCCCUCUAUUUGAUUUGAAUUUGUCUUCAGGGAGCUUAUUUGAGACCCCAGCAGAGCACGACCUCAGCAUUGGGAAUAUUCUGGUGGACUCUCAGGACGAUCUAGAUGACAUUGAGAUACCCAGAGCUGGUUCAGAUUCUGAGGAUAAUGGAAAGAGGUGCAAACGGAAAGGGAGAGGCACAAAGAAAAAUUUUGGGAAAGCAAAGACAACAGUUUGGGAAGAUGUGGAGGCCCCUAGAGGCAAUAGUAAACAGUUGGAAGAGAGGAAGACUAAAGCUAGUUCAAAGAAAUCAUCAAAGACUGGUAUUGAAGUCACAGAUCCUUCUACUACUUGCAUUACAGAUCUGAAGUCAAUUCAAGAGCAGCUUGAGCAAUGUUACAACAUGAUCAAGCAUCUGGCACCCUGCCCACUCUAUCGCCACAUCUGCCAACUCUUAGCUUUAUGCCAUGGUGAUAGGAAGCCAGAAGAGUGUAGUCGUUACUUGGCACAAGCUUCAUCAGUAACUCUUAGGCAUCAGAAAUUAUCAAGUCUGAACAAGAAACUACGGAAAUUGAGGAAGGCAAGUGAUAAAGAUGAUGUUAGCCUUGUUUCAGGCAUGGGCUCCCUUUCACUCCAGUCUGUCAAGGAGGAAGAGGAGAGACUCCGCAAUGACAAGAAAUACUUCCUGCCUUCUGAUGGAGAAGACCAUUUCAUGAAAGAUGUUGGAAAUGCUCUUCCUGCAGAAUACACAAUUUGUCAGGUGUCUGUUAUAUCAAGCAAACCAUCUUGUAUAAAUUCCUUGAAUGAAUCUAGCCAGCUAGUCAUUACUAGGAUACAGAAAGGUCAUCGACCUCUGGUUGUGAGAUUACCCAUGAAUGGUGGUGAUGGGAUUGUCAAUAACUUUGAGAGGAUCUUAGCAGAGAGCAAGGAAACAGUGAAAGAGACAGACAAGAGGGUCUGGUGGACUACUAGACAAAGACUAGAUGAGGAAAUGCAGGGUCUGACAAAAGACAUGGAAAACAAUCUGUUGUCCUACUGGAAGGGACUAAUCCAAGGAAGCUAUCCUGAUCAGAUAGCAGAGAAGAAGUUAAAAUCACUUGGACAAAGACUUUGUGAUUCACUUCAGGAAGCUGGACAUAGAGAUGUGAACCGUGUACUUUGUGAGUGCCUGAUAGAUUCCUUCUAUCACCUGACUCACCUACAAACCAACCAGGCUUUGUGUAGUCUUACAGGCAUCCAGUCAGGAACUGAAGAUCUGACACAACUCACCAUUCUGCUCAAGGGUUUGGCCAAGGAGUGGGAGAAGGCACGACCUAUGCAGAGGAAUUUAGUCAUUCUUAUUCUUGAUACAGCAAUCCAACAGUUGCCAUGGGAGAGCAUGCCAAUCUUACAGGAGUGGCCUGUAUGUCGCCUUCCUAAUCUCCACUUCUUGAUGUCUCACCUAAGGGCCAGCAAGUCAGGGGCAAAUGUCCUAGGAAAGGGGGUAAACCCAGACAAGACUUACUUUAUCCUCAAUCCAACGGGUGACUUGGACAAUACACAGAAGACCUUCCAAGACUGGUUCCAAAAGGAGAACAAGUGGAAAGGAGUUGUUGGCAGAGCUCCAUCCAAGCCUGAGUAUACUUCAGCUCUUACUGACCAUGACCUCUUUGUAUUCUGUGGCCAUGGCACUGGUAGACAGUUCCUUACUGGGGAUGACAUUCAGAGACUUACAUGCAAGGCAGCUACUCUUCUCAUAGGCUGUAGUAGUGGUAAACUUCAAGUUAAUGGCUGCCUUGAUGCCAGCGGAAUGGCUCUCAACUAUCUUCUUGCUGAAUGCCCAUGUGUUGUUGCCAAUCUAUGGGAUGUUACUGAUCGAGACAUUGAUCGUUUUCUUGAGUACCUACUGAAAGCAUGGCUUUCAUCAACAACUCAUCCAGCGCCUAUCAGUGAUAGCCAGUCACUAGCCGGCUUGCUGAAUGAUGCCCGUAAGACAUGUAAGCUGAAACAUCUGAUUGGUUUUGCUCCUGUCCUGUACGGUCUACCAGCCGCCAUGCUAGAAAGUUAAAGUCAGCCAACCAUAACUCUCCCAAAGAUGAAAAUUACCUUUGAGGUGAUUCCUCUUCAAUUUUUAUCAUCAAAAUUUGCCAUCUCAGACAUUUCCAGAGCAGCCAGUCCGAUGAUAUUGAUCAAAAGUAUCCUUUUUUUAAUUUUUUGUAGUUGACUUACAUUGUUAUGUAUUUUUAUGUGCAUAUAUUGUUUUGAUAGGACAGUCUUGUGCAUUUAAGCAAGAAACGUCUUUAUUUAAUUGUUUCAUAUGUUGAAUACAUUUAGCUGGUCAAUCAGUAUCCCAGAAUGUAAGUUGUAUGUUGUAAACCUACUCCCCUCAAAUAUGUAGAGUUAAAUGGAUUUCAUAUCAAAUGAGGUUCAUAGCAUUAUUUUCAUUGUGUACUUCUCAUAUCCUAUAUUGUUCCUUUAUAUGGUCAUUACAAGAUUCAUCAUUAAUAAUCUCCAGUUAUCUUUAAACCAUAUACAACAGAGUACAGCAUCCCAUUUCUAGUGUUCAGACAUGCUGAAGCAAAUUACCCUGCUAAGACUGUAUUUUAAAUCAUAUUGUAUUUAUUGCAUCAAGAAAUUUAUGAUGUUUUAAUGCACACAGACUGCUUACUCUGUUGGUUCAUUUUGAAUCCUGAUAUAAAUCACUCUUAUCUGUCAUAUCUAAUAGGAAAUUUGCAAAAUAUUUCAUUUGAAAUUCAGUAUUAUGUAUGUAAUUUGGUUGAGUUCAAUGGGUGAUUUCAAGUAUGGUGUUGAAAUCUGGUGUUAGUGUUGGGACAACACCGUACUUGAAAUCACGCUGGUGUUGGGAUUGACCUCGGAAAAUAUGACGUAUUUCCGGCAAUUUGUGUUGAGCUCUGGUGUUGAAUGUCGUCUGCUGAACCGAGCAUUACAGCAGGUGGGUGUUUCAUAAAGCUGUUCGUAAGUUAAGAGCGACUUUAAGAACGACCGGUGAUCCUUUCUUGUGGUAAAGGUAUAUUCAUUGGCGAUGGUUUAGCGCGUAAGAAAGGUUCACCAGUCGUUCUUAAAGUCGCUCUUAUCUUACGAACAGCUUUAUGAAACGGCCCCCUGGUGUUGACGAUCUACGUGCAAUUUCCCUAUUUACCAACACCAUCCCCCAGGGAUUGGGAAAAUCGUCAAGUUCAUGUUCGGUGUUGGUGUUGAUGAACUGUAUUUCACGAACAGGAGGCGAACAUGAUGAAACAUCCCCGUAAAAGUAUCUAUUACAGUUAAGAUGAGCGCAAAUCAUUAGAGUUUUACACAUUUUAAUGAAAAAUAAUAUUUAUGCUUUCUGAUUAUUGCAGUGAUUUUAACCUGUGCAUUCUGUACGAUAAGAUUUUACCGCAAUUUUCUUCCCGAUUUCACUUUCGUCGUUGAGAAUUUCUCGCGUAAAGUUGAGAUGAUCAGCAGCGCAGCGCAGAGGCGUGACGUCAUAGGAUAUCAAUAACGCGAUCGGUAUCGCUCCUCUGAACUCAGCUCAGUGUUGGGGCUUGGUUCAGCAGCCUUUUCACCCUCUCAACACCAACACCGAACACCGUACUUGAAAUCACCCACUGUGUCGUGAAGCACAGUUGCAUCUUAACAUUUUUCCAAUUUUGGAUGCAAGGUAGAUUUUGUGUAAUUUUGUGUUUUACAUGAUUGAACUUUUUAGUUAUAUAAUAUUACAUCAUACUAGUGUUUGUCCUACAGAGUGGUGGGAUAUAUAUUAUAUACACCUCCUAUAGACCCUUGUUCACCCUCUAACAAUUUAGGUAACCAUUAACUGUAUUACACAACAGUGGUCAUCAUUUGGUGGUUUGUGGUAAAGCAUCUUGUACAACUAUGAUACUGUAUUUAGCAAUGUUUUGCCUCUAAAGGAUUGACUACUGAAUUGUUGAAUUCCUAGGAUUAAUACCAUACAGUAUUUUUUACUAGUACAAACAAACACAGCAUGUUCUCAUAGUUAAUUGAUUAACAAGCCAUUAGUAUUUAUUAAAGUAUUGAAAUCUUGUGGAUAUGUUGGGGAUGUAUAGAAUGCAUCACAUGAAAGUGCUUUCAGAUACAUGUUAGAAUCCUCAAUUACCCCAUCAUAUGAAUAAUCUUCGAUGUUUAUAUAAAGUUCCACCCUUAAAAGUUAUUACAUUUCAUUGAAUAAACAGGUAUAAUGGAAUUGAAAUACUUUUCAAAUGGAUGUUUGGUUUGUUUGGGAAAAGGUGUUUAUUGUUUUCUACCUCUGGGCAAUUCCGUAAAAUCAACCUUUUUCUACGUCCGACCCCCCAUUUUUCUAAAUUCUUACUUCACUUCAUAAACAUACCAAGUCCUAGUCAUUUGACAGCAUUACAGACUGUCAUAAGAAUCAGAAAUCAGAGACAGAAAAUUUCAUGAAGGUCUCAAAUACAUGGGGUCGGACAAACAUAUUUUAUGGAAUUGCCCUUUAUUACAAUUA